AUGUCGGCGUGUGUGCUCGCGUUGCUGCUACUGGCUCGCCCCACGGCGUUGCUCGCUCUCGAUAUAUCUCAAUGCAUCGCACCGCUCGGCAUGGAGAGCGGUCUGAUCCCGGAUCGAGACCUGACCGCUAGCUCCUCCUUCGACGAUGGCAACGUGGGACCGCAGAAUGGACGGUUAAAUCAAGAGACAAAAGGCGGUGCCUGGUGCCCUAAGCCGCAGAUCACGACGGAAUCCACGGAGUGGCUUGAGAUAGAUCUUCAUACGGUACAUGUGAUCACGGGAACAGGGACACAGGGGCGCUUCGGUAACGGACAGGGGGCGGAGUACGCGGAGGCCUACGUACUAGAAUAUUGGAGGCCGAAACUAGGGAAGUGGGUUCGAUACAGGGGCAUCGAUGGACAAGAGAUCCUGACUGGCAACACGAACACCUACUUGGAAAAGAAGCAUCAUCUGGAGCCGCCUGUAUGGGCAUCAAAGAUACGUUUCAUUCCAUACAGCUCCCACCGACGUACAGUCUGCAUGCGGGUAGAACUCUACGGAUGCUACUGGAGUGCACAAUGGCUAGAAUUAUUUACAAAGGAUGUUGGAACAAGUAAUAUAAUAUAUUACGUGGUUGCAGUGGGGAUAGUGUCGUACUCGAUGCCGAAGGGCGAUCAAAGGAGCAAUGGAGUCGAGUUGACGGAUAUUAUAUACGACGGGCAGUGGGGGGAGGAGCUUAGGGGAGGUCUGGGUCAACUGGUCGAUGGGCAGUUUGGGGGAGAUGAGAUCAGGGAAGCCUCGAAGAACUCUGUAUGGGUUGGAUGGAGAAAUGAUUCGAGACCAACCCCUCCAGUUAUGAUAUUCGAGUUCGAUAAAGUGAGAGAGUUCUCCGCCGUACAUCUAUACUGCAACAACAAGUUCAUGAGAGACGUGCAGGUGUUCUCGGAGGCUAUAAUAUCGUUUUCGAUAGGCGGCCGUCAGUUCCAGCCGGAGCCGGUCAGGUUCACUACAAUAGAGAACAACAUCUUCGAGAGCGCGAGGAACGUCACCAUCAAACUACACCACCGUAUAGGACGUUGGGUCAGAAUCGAGCUUAGGUUCGCCGCUACCUGGAUACUCAUCAGCGAAGUUGUCUUCGAUUCCGAUGUCGCUCAAGGGAACUACACUCCAGAAAGCCAGAAGCCAGGAGUGAAAGAUAAAACGAAGUUACCAGCCACGAAAGAGCUGCCGAUAUCGACAGCACACACAGAAGAUCCGUUGUACAUGGCUAUCGUAGUGGGAGUUCUAACAGCGCUGGUCAUACUUUUAGCUGUAGCAGUCUUCUUUAUAAUACAUCGUCAUAGACAUAGGAAGUGCUUCGCGUCUCCUCUAGCGAAAACAACGAUCGCCCAACGUACAGUGUCAGAGAAUUACAACCCGUGCACCUCGAUGCUGCCGGAGAACAAGAUUGUUAUAGACUGUCCAUUGGACGUUAAGUCAGAUGAAUACCAGGAGCCGUACCAGGCGUUGAAAUGUGCUCCGUACUUCAGUUACAGUACUGUACUGUUAGAGAUGAGAGACUUUGUUAAGGAUUCCAAUGCAGCGCUGUCUGAUAGUUCAAACUACGACUACGCAGUGCCCGAACUGAGUUCAGCGCCGCUUCUGACCAAGCGGUUAGACACUCUCUCUGACCGAGCCACCGAGCUGGUGUCAGACGUUGAACACCUGGAACAGCUGGGACACCUGGAACAUAUGGACGCUAUGGACUGUGAACUGAACAGAUCCGUUAACUCUAUACGGUCAAAACAUAGCAAUAGGAGUCAACAAGAGAUGCUUAUCGAGUUGAAGCGUCGCCUCGAGAACACCGAGGUGAUAGAGUUCCCGAGACACAGACUCCGUAUGAUCUCAAAACUAGCUGAAGGAGCGUUUGGAACUGUUUACGUGGCGGAGGCCGACGGCGUUCCGGAGUACGAGGGAGGCGUUUGCUCAGAGAAGAGAUUGGUUGCUGUUAAGUUUCUAUGCAGCGACGCGUCACUCAACGAGAGGUAUAUCAUGGAGGAGUUUGAGCGUGAUGUUCGUAUACUGGCAGCGUUAUCAUCGCCGUACUUGGCCCGUGUGUUGGGAGCUUGUCGUUCACCGCCUCUAGCUGUAGUGCUUGAGUAUUUGGAACUAGGUGACCUCUGUGCGUUCCUACGAACAACAUCACCUCCGAGCACGAGUACAUUGCUUCACAUCUCCACGCAGAUCGCAUCCGGGAUGCAUUACUUAGAAUCGCUGAACUUUGUGCACAGAGAUUUGGCCACCAGGAACAUCCUGAUAGGUAAGAACUAUCAGAUCAAGAUCAGCGACUUUGGCACAGACAACGAGUCGUACAGCUGCGAUUAUUAUAAGGUGGACGGUCGUAUACCACUUCCAUUACGCUGGGCCGCCUGGGAGUGUGUACUACGAGGAGAAUAUACCACCAAGACCGACGUGUGGGCCUUCGCUGUGACUUUACAUGAGAUAUUCUCAUUAUGCCGGCGACGACCAUACGAACAGUUCACUGACGCUGAGGUGUUAGAGAACUUAUCCCACUUGGAGGCGGACGACGGUCUCUUCACAUACAUACCCCGCAGCCCGGGCUGUCCUCGCUCCUUGUAUGACGCGAUGCGCGCGUGUUGGAGGCGCCGUGACACAGACAGGCCGACCUUCAGCGAGCUCCACUCGUUCCUCCAGCGGACCGGCCGCGGGUACUCGUGA